AUGGAUGAAACCUCAAGUACUGCUCGUAGUAAUAUCGAAUUUUCUUUGUCAUUAAGUACUAAGUACGAGGGCUUAAUUGACAUUCCACUAGGCACACAAAUUAUCGAUUGUAUGGUUUCAUUUUUCAAUUACGUUGAUAAUUACGCUCCAAGAAUGCCCUUCUUAUUCAACUUUGUAUCACUCGUCAGAAUGCUUCAAUUAAUUGGUGGGGCUUUCAUGGCUGCAAAUAACGAUAUCUAUGACCCCAAUACUUUAACUUAUCGAGCAAUGAGUAUAUUAACAGUUGCAUUUCACAUAGUACCUGUCCAAUAUCGUCUUGGAAAUGAAUAUAUCAUAUUAGACGUUAUCAGUGGAAUCCUUUUUGUAUUUAGCACCUAUUUAUUCGUCACGGCAUGGAUGUAUAAAACAACAAGUAAAGUUCCAAAGAUAUCUACAGAUAUUCUUUCAAUUUAUAUUGCUGUUGGCCCGUUCAUUUUAUUACCAAUCUCCGUGCAAUAUAUUGGACAAAUCAUAAGUUCGCUAGCUGUAGGAAGAACACAAGAUAUUGCUUCUAUUAUUUCAUGCAUUAUUGGUAUCUUAAUCGUUAUUCCGAAUUUUUGGAUUCUUGUUAAAGCAUAUCUUAUCACAUUAACUUUCAGACCAUGCUCCUUCAUGUCUAUUGAAGCAAGUCCGCAAUGGAAGUUCUUCUUAACAACACUUGUUGUCACAUUUGUUUCUUCUCUUACUACUUACUUCCCAAAGUGGCCAUCAUUUGCCAUGAUAUGCAUCUCAGCUGCUGGAUAUGUAUAUUGUGCUACAACUGGCUUCAAUGGAGGCAACUUUGUAUUAGAAUUACAUCAAGUCAUGGUUUUAGGUGGCUCUUUCCUUGGAUUCAUAUUAUGCGUCAUGAACCUUUAUCCAUUACUUUCAGGAAAAAAAUGGACAGAAAUUUUCUUUGUUAUAUUUAUUUGUAUCGCCGUUGCUUGUUACUUAUUAACACAAGUUUUCAUCCGUUUUAGAUUCAAAUGCGAUUUGGUCAUACUUGAUAAGUUCGAAGAAAGCGAAGAUAUCUCAGUUUUUGGCUCAUUAGGCAAAUUCCGUCGUGUCGUUGGUACAGGAUACACAUUUUGCCAUCCCGCAUGCAUUAACUACUCCGUAUUCAAAGCCACUGUUGUCCAAUGGCCAGAAUCAAUUGAUCUUUGGGCUGAAUACGCAAAAUUCACUGCAAUUUACCCAGAAUUAACAUCAACAUUGAUUUAUAUCGGCCAAAACAUUGCUUCUCUUAACAAGAAAGACUCUUUAUCAACAAUUAUCAUGGCUAACAUCGGUUACAUCAUGAAGACAAGAGAAACAAAGAUUACUCCACAAUUAACAAGUAAAAUCUCAAAGCUAUCCAAAGUUUUCAACAAAGCAAAGAAUCGUCUUCGUAACAUUUGGGAUUUAAUUCUUCAAGGAUCAGUUGCUGAAAUCAAUCACGCCAUCAAAUCAGCAAAUGAAGCUGUUGAAGCUGCUGAUGUCGAAGUCAGUCAGCUGAAGAGUUUAUAUCCGAAUAACAGAUUUGUUGCUCGUCAAUACGCAAAGUUCCAAGGCGAAAUCAAUGCAAAUGCUGUAGAAUACAAGAUUUGGCUUGAUAAUGUUCAUCAGUUGCAAAUGGGCAAACAAAUUUGCUCAGAUAUUGAUCAUGGCUUAGGUGUUUUUGUUUUCCCAAGUUUACCAGAAAAGAUUGAUGAUAAUGACAGCUCAAAAAUGGCAUCAAUGAACGAAAUGGAUACUAUUGAAGAACUUAAUGAUGAGCAACAAGCAGAAGAAGAUGCAAACAUAGAAGUUUUGGCAACAUUAACAAGACAAAUCGAGAAACAAAAGAUUCCUGCCAUCAAAUGUAUGUAUAUGUCCACUGUUUUAGGUUGGUUCUUCACUGUUUUUGUUCCAGUUUUAGCUUUAAUUAUUUACUACGGAACAUUCAGAGAAGACUUAAAUGCACCAUUAGUUUUCAUGUACGGUAUUUCUUACAUGAGAAACUUAAUUAACAUGUUGGCAGCUUUCACUGCUAAAUUCUUAUUCGAAGAACUUCCUGAUCCAAAGUCACCGACAGAAAAAGUUAAGGAUGUGAUUCACCUGGAGGAUGGAUUUCCAUUAACUGGUUUUGGUGAUGAUGUGCGAUCAAGAGAAGUAUUGAAGUACUUAGCUGGCCAAGUAUCAUCAACAAACUCUAUGAUGGCUUCAUUAAGAUCAUAUAAAUUUGGAAAUCCAACACUUGAAGAAGUUAGAACUAACAUGUUUAGUUCAACAAUUGAUUUCUAUUUCUAUACGAACAAGACACAGAAAUACUUAUUGAAAUCAUCUGUUGCACAAGUCGCUGCCAUGGUUGCAACACAUAUUGGUUUGUUAAUCCAAGAUACAGACGUUACUUAUGAUGAUGCAAGAGGUUCGGAUUAUUUAACAGCAACAAACAACAAUGAUGAUGCAACAGAAAUCAUGAGUACUUCGCUCUUAGAGUGUCUUAAAUAUAUUUUAAACCAAGAUGCAAGUCAAAAAGUUUGGAUUAUUUCUUUGAUGGUUGUUUUGAUUGUUGUAAUAUUGGCUGUUUGGUUCAUUAUCUUUAAGUUACAAUACAGGAAACUCAAAUCGAACAAAACAGAAAUCAUGAAUGUUAUUGUUACAUUACCAAAAACAGUAAUUUCAACAGUUUCUGCAUCAUUUAACCAUCUUAAAAAGAAUUUUCAAUCAUCAACAACAGAUAAUGUAGCUGAACAAAACAAUGAAGAAAUGUCAAGACAAGAACAAAACAUCAUCAAAGUCUUCUCACAAAUCACUGAUGGAACUGAUUCAACAACAAGUGAAUCAUGGAAUUUAUUCAACUUCACUGUCAUUGCAUUGUGUGGAUGUCUUUCUGUUGGUGUCGUCUUGUAUUGCUUCUUAAAGUCUUCAUCAACAUUAGUUUACUCAAGCCAACACGUUGAUAAUUUAUACGGUUGCUCAGGAUAUUUGUAUUCUGUUUUCUCACAUAUUUGUAUUCUAUAA